CGUUUAUUAGCAUUAACAAAUCAAAACUAUAUUUCAGAAUUAAAUAUACGUAGAAAGAUAUGAUCAGCUUUAAUUAUCUUUAAUUAACAUAAUUAUUAUUUAAUAAAAUAAUUAGCAGCACAUUUGUCGCAUGUUCUGUUUUUCUUCAAACAUAUAAUGCAUUGGAUUAUCAGCUGAUGUAGUCCAUGACAGUUCAUAUGACAGUUGUUAUAAUUUUUACAGGCAAUAUUUUAUUAUUAUCUAAGCAAUUCAUAAAUUCCAAUAAUAAGAGUUGUCUGUCGAGAAGUACAAUAUGUCAGUGUGAAAUAUUUAUUUAUAAUACACAAUAACCUCUACAAAAAAAGGCAGAUUAAAUCGCAACGGAGAUAUUCUUUCACUUGAAGAUAUGGAGUCGCAUAAGAAUAAUAAUGUAGCUUUAAAUGCAAAUGCAGUAUUAAAAUCAUGUGCUUCGACGAUUAACGAAGCUGAGAGAUUGCGAAGUCUUCAGGAAGACGAACACUCAAAAUUAACGAUUGGAGCAUUUUUCGAAUUUAUGAGAACUGCGUAUCAAGUUAAUGAUAGUUUCGAAGGUUUGGCCACUGUACUGAGUGCCAAUAGCGAAAUUGAUUGGCAUGAGUUAACAAGAAUCAAUUUAGAUCUAGAAAAGUGUGAAGAUAAUAAAAUAAGUAAUGACAAUCUCAAUGUUCAAGAAGAAGGAAACAAGAAUGUUAAUCCUAUACAAGAUUUAUUGUUGCAAACAAUAAGUAGCAAAGAAACAUGUACAUCAGAGAAUGCAAUAAACUCUCAAUCUUCUGUGACAUCUUGCAGUACUCAGAUUAACGAGACAUGCAAUAAGAAUGACUCUACGCAGGAAUCUAACAGUGCAGAAGAUAAUUCUAAUAAAUGUUCAGAGACAGUUAAAGAAGUAAAUCAAUUGUUGGAAAGCCAAGCCCAGAAUCAAAAGGAAAAACAGUCUAAAGAGCAUUUGGAAGAAAGUGAAUAUGGUUUAGCAAAAAUCAUGAAGGAAAAUCUAAGAGAUGUUUUGCAUGAAGGAUUACUGGACUCUGUUUUGCCGUACAUGCUUCCCAAGUCUGCACUGUCACAACCUGUUAUAAAAAAAUCUGCUGCUCCCACUAUAGAUGUUAAAAAAAGUGCUUCAUUGGGUAACAUAGUUGACAAUAAAGUGGUAGUCAUUCACAAGGAAAGAGAUAAGGAAAAGAAUAAGGCAAACAAGAAAUCUUUAGAGAACGAAGUGGAGAUCCAUGUAUGCGAUGAAGAUAAAAAUAUCAAAAAGAACUUCAGAUGUCCGCAAAAACUUCUUAUACAAAAGAUGUGUUAUUUUGCUGAUGUCACAGCAGGACAGAAACUCGACGAGAUAGACAUAUCGGUACAUUGUGAUGUCGUUAUUUUUGACUGGUUGAUGAGAUGGGUGAAGAAGGAUAUUAUAAAGAAGUCAGAGUGGCCAGUUCUGGAGGCGAGUAAUGUCAUACCGAUUAUGGUAUCCGCCUGCUUCCUACAAAUGGAACCACUUUUGGAGAACUGUCUUCAAUACUGCCAUGACAAUAUGUCAGAUAUUUUGAAGACAUCCACGAUUUUAACAUGUCUAGACGAUAAUCUGCUCACAAGAUUGGCAGAAUUAUUUACCAACGAAGAUGUUGAAUUACUAAAGGACAAGAAAGAUAAAAUUCAGAGUCGUCUGUUCUGCAAACUGAUCAUGUCGCUAGUGGAAGCCACUCCGGAUAACAGGAAAGGACAUUAUAGCUCAUUAGCCACCUUGUUUAAAUGCGGAAAGUGCAACAAGAAUGUUAUACAGUCGAUUUCCGAUUUUGUGCCUUGUGUUCCAAGUGCAAUGAAAAUUGACAACAAGGGAGCUGUGCACAGUAAACACGUUAGAGACUUGACGUGGACAUUGAACGAUUACGUUAUUACCUUACGAUCUGAAUUACGCUCUUGGCGCAAGGUCUAUUGGAGAUUGUGGGGAGAUUGCCAUUUCUUGUUCUGUCAGCAGUGCAACGUGUACUUUCCAAUACAUCAGAUUGAUUGGUGUUGUUAUCAUCCAGAACCUGCACAAUUCUUCGUGAACGAGCAGCAAAGGCCUACGCCUUUUCCAUUAGGACGAUAUCCAUGUUGCAGUCAACGUGCCUAUAGAUUUGAAGCUUUGUCAAAUCAAGGCGGAUGCAGGUACAAAGAGCACAUGCCAGACAUAAAGAGUGAGAAAGAAUUACACAUAUUAAAUAUCCUGACAGCGCACAGAGAAGUGAUAACUAUCGAACCGCCUCAGCUUUUCUUCCCAGAAAAAAUCACACGACUAGUGACGCGCGAUCCGUCUCUCCGCCCGGGCAAGUUGGUGUGCAAAGAUACAAUGUGGUGGAAUGGCAUAGAACUCGUGCCACCGAGAGCGAAACUUGGCCUGCUUGGAAAAAUUUGGGGAGGCUCGGGAUUCCGUCGAUUGCUCCAGGCGCAAGAUUCACAAAAGUCUUUGCAGAAGCUUCGUCGACAAAUUUCCGUAACCACCGACGUUUCGUCUCCUACUUCGUCGACCACGGACGAGGACGACGAGGAUGACGGUGGGACCGCGUGCGAGGACAGCAGUGUAGACGACGAAUCGUAUUACAGCGAGGAAUCCAAUACAUUAUGCGCGUUGCAGCCCAAGAGUAACGGUAGAUGUUGGAGCGGUAACUUGAAUGUAAGACACAAUCAAGAUAAUCAGAGAGAUUUUGAGGAAAGAGCUGCCGCGCAGAUGAUAGCUCUGUUAACGAAGAGAACGGUCACGGAGAAUUUGCUUACGAAAUCUUAUAAGCAACAGCAUAGCUACAAAAAUAAGCAACCUAUCGGUGGAACGUAUGUAAAAUUAGAAGCCGAAUUGCGCGAACAGUUAACUCAGAUUUGUAAAUAUAAGAAUCCUCUAAUAGGAAAGUCUCGUACCAAAUCGAACAAAUCUUGAUUGAUAUAUAUACACACGAUGGGAGAUUUAUCCGGAAUAUUGUAUUGAAAAUUUUAUUGUGAUUUUAUGCAAAGAUAAAGAAGACAUGUUGCCAUAA